AUGCAUUUCUCAACUACGCUUCUCUUCUCCCUCUCUCUCGCUCUUGCAACAAGCGUUCUUGCAGACUUGGACACGGAAUCCUCGCCAUUGGGUCUCAGGACCAAACCAGUGAAGACUUCUAAGCGAGCUGUGUCAUCGUUCCUCGACAGGCGCGAGACCUGCCGGGGCUCAUGCCAGUCCUGCUUUGGGGCCAGUUCUAGAGAAUGUCCAGGUAGCGAUUAUUGGUGCUAUGACUCAGACGAAGGUUCCGCUGCAGAACUAUGCUCCAGUGGUGGAUCAACCCCGUCUACAACAACAACAUCUGCCAGCGCGGAGAUUACCAAUACCUGCUAUAGUGGAGCUUCAUGUAUAUCAUGCUUUGGCGCUUUCUCAAGAGAUUGCCCUGCCGGAUCUGAUUAUGAUUGUUAUGACAUAGACGAGCACUCACAGGCCGAGGGAUGCAGUGCAGGUGACGGCACUGAUAGUAGCGCUAGCGCAUCAGCGCCUUCUCCUUCAGCUAGCCGAAGCGCAGACUCCUGCAGAGAAACAUACGGCGGUGGAAACAUUCCCUGCGGGCAAGGUAAUUGUUAUGAUCCUACUGCGGGCGAGACCUGCUGCGGCGAUGGCGGUCAUUGCAAAGCCGGCACCACAUGCGUGCUCCGAGGCAGCGUGUAUAAAUGCGCCGAAGAUGGCACCGGAUCUUCCUCACCCAGCCUCACCGCUGGCAGCCGCUCCUCACGUACUGCCUCCGGCAUCCUCAACACGAAUACUGCAGUCGGACCGAUCGGAGACGGUUCAUCAGACCCAACAAGUUCAAGCGUACCAAGACCCUCCAGGACCACGUCGUCACGUUCUUCAACAAUCACGGAGCCUGCCGCCGCGGCGACCACGAGCACGAACUCGGUGUUUGGUGCCGCUCCAGCGUUGAUGGGUAGGGACACGGGUGCCGUUGCUGCACUGGCUGCGGGGUUGCUGGGAUUGGUCGGAGUGCUAUGA